GUGUAUAAGCAUUGAGGAGAAAGUUACUAGAUCAUACGUAGAACCAGGACAUGAGAACUCUGAGUUUUUCUGGUGGAGUGAUCUUCUUUUUCCCUUCAAUGGGUGUUGGGGGCCUUGGGGGCCUUGGGGGUGGACCUGGUGAUUGAUUUUUCAUCUUUGGUCAUAUGAGGUGAAAAUCAUGUUUGGGCAUCAUGCCAACUUAUGAUGAGUCCAUCAGUCCAUUUCUCUUAAUGUUUGGGGCAUUGUCUGCAUGCAUUGCUGAUGUAUAGGAGCUUCAAGCUCCUGGUUGAUAUAUCUGAACUAUAGAAAACCAAUUUUUCCCACUGCAGAUAUUCCUUUUCAUGUUCCUAAGCUGAGUUGUAAUACUUCAUUCUGCAGCACUCUUUCUAUUUUUCCAGAAUGUUCGUAAAUUGAUUUGUUCGACAACACCUACUAAUGAUACAUGAUACUUCCUUGCCAAGGCAACUCCAGGUUGCAGAUUCAGCAUUUUAGGAUUGUUCAGUCAUCAAGUCUAUAAUGACAAGUGCUCUUCUAGGAUUUAACAUGAUGCUCUAUUUGUAAUGGAUGUAUUUGUAUGGAAGAGAAAUGUUCUUUUGUAGAUAUGGAUAUGCUAAUAUCCUUGCUAGGUGGUCAAUUUGGGUGGAUGUAACCAAAGCCUAACCCAUCUUGGUAAAUCCUAUCUGCGUCAUAAUUGCCUUUAA